CUUUGACCACGACCACCAUCCCCUUCAUGCUCUCCUUCAGCUCAACGCCGUAUUGAAAACAAUCCCCUUUUGACAGCCAUGGAAUCUGCACCGGUGUCGCUCCGAAUCGACACCAGCCUCUCAACAGGCGGGCUGGGUGCACCUAACUCACCGCUCGAGUCGCCAAGUGCGCUGUUCGCUGGCCGACAACGCGCACGCAGUCUCUCCCAGACACUGCUCCCUCAGCUCCGUCUUUCUAUUGACAAGUCUUCUUCAGGGAGACAGUCCGACGCCGGCCCGGAGAGACCGACCAUGUCGCUCGGCAUGGAGAAGGCGCGGAACGAAUCGCGCAAACUUCUUUCGCAUAUUCUGGCGCAGCUUGAAGAACGUAGCGUGCCACCACCUCUUCUCGAAGGCUCAGACUCUCGUACUGCGCGAUCCAGAAAAGGUAUUGCGGCGGUUGUAAGGUCUCUCUCAGGCAAAGGCAAGGCCGCCGACGCGAAGCAGGCGAAUACAAACGGCAAUGAUGACAGCGACGAAGACUAUGACCCCAAUAACCGCCCAGUAUUUUUCACCGAUGCCACCCUCAAACUCAUGGGACAACUGCGCGACACGUUACACAUAUCUUUAGCGAAUAAUUGGGAUAUCUUUGCGGCGGGCAGCUCCGAGAUGAAACCAGGCAGGCAAAACUCGUUCGAAAAGCGCCGUCGUAAACGGAGACUGAGCUCGCAGGGACGCUCUCGUUCUCGAUCUGCGUCCCCCAGCAGAUAUGACGAUGAACCGUCACAAGCACCAGAACUUCUCUCACAGUGCAUCACCAUCCUUUCUUCUGUUAUCGUCGAGGACUGUCGUUUCCGCGUCUACGCUCUCAACUUGGCGAAACCUCCAUACUCGUUGCAAGGUGUGACGUUGGACGUCGCUCAGAUUCUCCUCCACAUGCAUCGUGACGAACCUCGGAUACUCUCACGGAUCGGAUUCACCCUUAUGCCUGCCUUUCAGAGCUUCCCCACCAGUAUGCAUGCCCGCUUACUGCAAUUCUUUGAGGAGGGUGUCUUGGGCGGAAUGCUCGAGAACCUCCAGAAAAUGCAGGGGAAAGACCCUGUCACAAGCCCAGCAAACGAACCUCUGGACGAGCAGCCUCCUGUAGUCUCUAUUACUGUCGAAGAAGCCCAAGACGAAGUCAGCCAUAGCGAUCGUUGGAAGAGGUGGAGUAAACGCGCAACAGGACAUAGUCAAGGGUGUCAGUCCAGCAGUGCUCCUGAACAGGACAUUACUGUCUAUUACUUGGCAUCAUUGGUCGAGCCCUUGCUCUCGGCGAUAUUGGAGAACGUGAACCUCUUCACGGACCCAAGCCCGGUUACUCACCGUUUCCAUCGCUUCUUCACUCGAUUGAUGCAGGAAAAGCCAGACGUCUACUUAGACGUCCUGGGAGUCAUCGCGUAUCACAACUCGAAGAGUCGCUACGCCGCCACCAGUCUCCUCUUGACGUACUGGCCCAGAUCUACUGGACACGUCGUGAUCUCGAGGCCGCUCCCCAAGGUAGCUCACAUUGCUGGCCCGACCUUUCCUGACCGUCGAUCCAGCAUCACUCGUCGUACACGAAACGCAGUGGAUCACCCGUAUGCCCACCAGUUCAUGCCUUGGCGGUUCGCUCUUCCGGCGAGCUCAUUUGGCAUGUUUGGGGAGUUUUCCUCAAACCGCUGCAGGGCCUGUUCCGACGCCGUCGAUGGGUUCGGUUUGUUGUGUCCUUUUUGCAUGUGCGCCGUGCACUUCGACUGUUACGACUACCCCGAAGGGAGCUUCUUCACGGAGUACGCGCUGCAAAGUGACCCGAAUAUCCGGAAAGUCGCCGUCCACAGGUUCUGCCACGUCCUGCCGAGCAGGCACGGGAGCACGACCUUGACCGUCAGGAAGGAACAGCACGUGUUCCGCAUGGUCAAUACCUUCA